UUAAUGUGGUGAAAAGUUAUUCAAUGUUAUUUAAAUGUAUUUAAAUGCCGAGUCUGGAACGUUUACCGCACGCAGCACCGUCCACCGAGCUGCUGACUGGCCCUUUAAAUUUCCUGAAACGACAUCACGUUGCGUGUGACGUUUUUAAUCUCAUUGGUCAAACCCUCCCCUCCGGGUCUGACGCUACCCAAUCAGAGGAGACUAUCUCUAAGCACGUUGAUUGCAAAUACGGAAAUGCAGAUACAGCGUCUCCGUAGUUAACUUAGCAUUGUUUUCUUUCUCGUAGUUUGGGAACUUUUGGUUAAAAGCGCAUAAGCAGCGAAUAAUAAACAAGUUCCAAAUAUAUUUUUCGCUCCUCAUGGAUUUAAUACAACUUCUGUCAUGGGCCUGCAUCGUGUUCACCGUCGGGAUGUUCUCGACUGGACUGACCGACCUGAAAAAGAUGCGAGAAUCCAAAAGCACAGAAAACAUCCAGUUCCUUCCCUUCCUCAUCACAUGUCUAAAUAACCUGGGUUGGCUGUUUUAUGGCAUCCUGAAGACGGAUCAGACGAUAGUUGUGGUUAACACCAUCGGCGCUCUUCUACAAAUCCUCUACAUCACCAUGUACUUCUUCUACACCAAACAAAAGAGACUUGUGACGCUCCAGACUCUUGCUGCAGGGACGGUGUUGAUCUGUGUCUGGUUAUACUUCACCACCUUCCUCACUGAAGGAGCGACCCGGCUCAGCCAGCUGGGACUGACCUGCAGCUUGGUCACCAUCGGCAUGUACAUGUCUCCUCUCAUCGACCUGGUGGAGAUAAUCCGCAGUGGGAACGUUCAGUGUUUGUCCUACCCUCUGACUGUCGCCACCUUCUUCACCUCCACCUCCUGGGUCCUUUAUGGCCUCCAGCUGAACGACUACUACAUCAUGGUCCCGAACACACCUGGAAUCCUGACCAGCCUGAUCAGAUUUUACCUCUUUUGGAGGUUUGCCCCUGCCGACCAGAGUUUGCCGUCCUAUAAGUCGAUGCAGUUAUGAGGACUGGUAGAUCGGGACUUGUCCUGUUUCCUGACACGAAGACCUGUUGUUAAACGGAGGGAGUCUGUUACUUUCCUGCAGCUACAUGUUAAACAUGUGACCUCGAGUGCCUUCAUAAAUGUGUUUACUGACCAGCACUUGUGUAGGAACAAUCACAUCAGCUAGCCAAAGAUCCUGUGGAAUUGGCUGAUUUGGUAUUAAGUGAAGUAUGUAUUCAGUUCCUGGUUGUGGAAAAUGUAGUUUUGUUGGUUACAGCUUAGUGUGGCAAAGCAAUAAUAAUAAUGAUGAUGAUGAUGGUGAUAUUUGAUCCCAUAAGAGUUUGUAAUGGUGUGUUUAUAUCGCGCGUCGUAAAUGUUAGCCACGGGAAGUUUUCUGAAUAUUUGGGUCAGAACUUUUUUUAUGAGAUGUGCUCGUGAAGCUUAUGUCCAAGACCAAAUCAUGUUCACUUAUUUUUCUGUCUGUUUUUAUAAUUUGUGUAUAAAAAUGUAUGAAAACCA